UCGAAUUCCCGCCAAAUCCAACCGACGCAGAGUAACUUCAUAGAGGAUGAUUCUCCAUUGGAGCAUGAAACCUCGAAAGCUUCUCGUGAUUGGAAGAACCAGACGGUAAAAUUGCUCUCUCUGGCUCUUCUUCUUCUUCUUCAUUCGGAUUUAUACAGAUCAUGACCUUCGCAGUAGUCAACAGAUCAUGACCUUCGCAGUAGUCAACCAUGCCAUUUCUCUCGCCGAAUUCGCUCGCUUCACUGGUCGAAUUGGCCUUAUCUAUUCGUUCUUCUCUUCUCGGCCGAGUCGCCCAUGCCCAGAUUCUCAAAACCCUAAAAACCCCUUUUCCAGCCUUCCUCUACAACCACCUCGUGAACAUGUACGCCAAACUUGACCAGCUUAACUCGGCCGAACUCAUCCUCGAACUUGCCCCUUGCCGCUCCGUCGUCACUUGGACCUCUCUCAUCGCCGGCUCCGUCCAAAACGGCCGUUUUUCUUCUGCUCUGCUUCACUUCUCCGACAUGCUUAGUGACUGUGUUCGACCCAAUGACUUCACCUUCCCUUGCGUUCUCAAAGCCUCCACUGGUCUUCGCAUGGCCAUGACAGGCAAACAGCUACACGCACUUGCGGUUAAGGAGGGAUUAAUAAAUGAUGUAUUCGUCGGGUGCAGUGCCUUCGAUAUGUACAGCAAAUUGGGCCUUCUUGAUGACGCAUACAAGCUGUUUGUUGAAAUGCCUCAUCGAAACCUCGAGACGUGGAACGCGUAUAUAUCCAAUUCAGUGCUCCAUGGGCGACCUGAAGACUCUGCCAUUGCGUUUAUUGAGUUACUACGAGCUGGUGGGAAGCCAGAUUCCAUUACGUUUUGUGCUUUUCUCAAUGCGUGUUCAGACAAACUAGGCUUGGAGCCUGGGUGUCAACUACAUGGGUUCAUUAUUCGAAGUGGGUGUGGGCAGAAUGUCUCUAUUUCAAAUGGAUUGAUUGAUUUUUAUGGGAAAUGUGGGGAGGUUAUAUGUUCUGAGGUGAUCUUUGACAGAAUGGGAGAGCGGAACAGCGUAUCUUGGUCGUCCUUGAUAGCUGCUUACGUUCAAAACAACGAGGAAGAGAAGGCUUGCUGCUUAUUCUUGCGAGCGAGGAAAGAAGGUAUCAAACCAACUGAUUUUAUGGUAUCGAGUGUGCUUUGUGCUUCUGCUGGACUUUCAGAAAUCGAGUUGGGAAGGUCAGUUCAAGCACUGGCCGUCAAGGCUUGUGUAGAGGAGAACAUCUUUGUUGGAAGUGCACUGGUUGACAUGUAUGGAAAAUGUGGAAGUAUCGAUGAAGCAGAGCGAGCCUUCAACGAGAUGCCAGAGAGAAACUUGGUGUCUUGGAAUUCAUUAUUGGGCGGAUACGCACAUCAAGGAUGUGCAGACAAGGCUGUGGCAUUGCUUGAGGAGAUGGCAUCGGCCGAUGGCAUAGCACCGAGCUAUGUAAGUUUAGUCUGUGCAUUAUCAGCUUGCAGUAGAGCAGGAGAUUUGAAGACGGGGAUGCAGAUUUUUGAGUCCAUGAAAGCAAGAUACGGUAUAGAACCAGGGCCGGAGCAUUAUGCUUGUUUGGUAGAUCUGUUUGGGCGUGCUGGAAUGGUGGAGUGUGCGUAUGAUUUUAUAAGGCGCAUGCCAUUUCCUCCCACAAUAUCAAUCUGGGGUGCUCUGUUGGGGGCUUGUCGAAUGCAUGGGAAGCCAGAAUUGGGAAAGUUGGCCGCUGAGAAGCUGUUUGAACUUGAUCCAAAAGACUCUGGAAACCACGUUGUGCUGUCCAAUAUGCUUGCUGCAACUAGCAGGUGGGAAGAAGUGACGGUCAUACGUAAUGAGAUGAAAGAAGUAGGGAUCAAAAAGGGGGCUGGAUUCAGUUGGAUAACAGUAAACAGAAGAAUUCAUAUAUUCCAAGCGAAAGACAAAAGCUAUGAGAAGGACUCUGAACUGCAGGAUAUGCUGGGGAAUCUGAGGAAGGAGAUGCAGGAAGCUGCUGGUAGCAUUGCAGAAGCCAAUUAUGCUCUUUUUGAAGCGUAGAAUUAACCAAAUUUGGCUGCCACCAUCAGAGCAAUUCCCUUGUUGUCGGCGCCAUUGCGUAUCACUUGCUGCAGUUGAUUUCUCUAGCUUUCCCCCACUCACCAUCUGUACGUAAAAUCAUCAAAUCACCAUCCUUCCAAUAGCGAACCUCAAUAUCCAGCCGCCAUCACAGAAAAGAACUUCCCAUAGUUUUUGAUUUUGUGUGGAAAUCAUGAGUCAGGAGCAGCCACGCAGGGCCGAAGAACAGCAGAGCAGCCUCGUCGGAAUGACAACGAUGAGCGUGUUGGAUGAUGAAAGUCCCACAUCGGCUAAUUUAGGGAAUGAUCGUGGGUUUAUAAACAAAAAUACUCUCUCCAUUGGUAUGAAGUCUUUUGGAGAAGCCCAAAGUAAAGCCAUGAGAGCGGACAGGUUCCCACCUUGAAUCUCCCAUCUUGUCUUAUUCCGAUAAAUCUCUACAUGAUGUUGUGUUUGACGGGUCCUUUUAGCUCAACUAUGUCCUAACGGGCGCAACCGAAAAACUGGCGACAGGCAAGCCAAUGAGCAGGCAGGAUGCAGAAGGGGUGGUGAGCGCAGAGCUGAGGAACAAUCCACACCUGACAACCCACACAGGUGGGGUGGCGGCCUCCAUCACCGCCGCCGCAAGACUGAAUGAGAGCGGCACAAAUAUAUGAAAAGAGCUCAACUGAACUGUAAGUUUUGAGUUGUGUUUUUGGUAAUAAAGUGUAUGAUUUGAUCUGGAAUUUUUUGUUUUUCUGAGACCGUUAUUUGUGUCCUUAAAACUAAAAUUCUGGUAGACAAAAAAGCAGCUUCCCCCCCUGUUCUUCUUUUCCUGUUGCUCACUGUUCACUGUGGAGUCAGGUUCUUUUGUUUAUAUUUUAAGCUUUUUCUCUUACAAAUA